AUGUACAUUCUGAAGUCUGUUGUCAUAUCGUUGAGUGCCAUCAAGGCAUAUGCGGCCACUACUGCAAGUGCUGCUACACCCUCGGUUACAGGAUGCCAUACCCAUGGAUCGGAUAUCUUCUGUUUCGAUAGUGACGGGCAUGAGGUUUUAAUAUCAGCGACGGCAACACCUACAAGAGGAGUCCCAGCACAGUACACGGGCUGUCACUCUCAUGGAAGCGAGUCAUAUUGCGUGGACGAGGAUGGAAAUGACGUUUUAAUUCAGGACGAAAAUGAAAAGGAAGAUGACCACGACCACGACGACCAUGACCAUGAAGAUUCCGAGGUUUCUGAUUCAGGAGAGAAAUCAAACUGCCACUUCCAUGCUGGCGUGGAACAUUGUGUCAGUGAGGGCGAGUCAGAAGGAAGUAGCAGUCAAUCAUGCGGCACUCAGACAAGAGACUAUGAUGUGCCUCUGAGGAUUGGAACGCUCUUCGCGGUUCUGGCUACGAGUGCAAUCGGCGUCUUUGCUCCUAUCCUGUUAUCAAAACUUCCCUUUGCAUCCAUUAAUCUGAUGGCAUCGACAAUCAUCAAGCAAUUCGGCACGGGCAUCAUUAUCGCAACGGCAUUUGUCCAUUUAUACACACAUGCUUCUCUCAUGUUCACGAACGAAUGUCUGGGUGAACUCGAUUACGAGGCAACCACUUAUGGCCGGUAUAUUUUUGGCUUUUUUGUUCGAGUAUGCUGGCCAUCGAAUUACCACGGCACGGGGGUUAAAGCGCCGACAUCUCCUACAGAGCCCUCAGAGCCACAGCCGCAAUCUCGCAAGGAGAAUCUUCCAUCUCAGCAGCAUUCGACACUGAUGCAUCUUGGGCACACCCACGGGUCGCCUCUUGAUCCCACAAGGCCGAACACGAAGUUUUCGGUGUUGGUAAUGGAAGCUGGUAUUCUAUUUCACAGUAUUUUGAUUGGUUUAACCCUAGUUGUUGCCGGCGACUCAUUCUAUAAAACUCUACUGGUGGUCAUUAUCUUCCAUCAAUUCUUCGAGGGAUUGGCACUCGGUGCUCGCAUUGCGACGAUCCCUGGUGCGAUCUUUCCCUCCAAAGCCAUCAUGGCUGGGGCAUUCGCUCUCAUCACCCCGGUCGGCAUGGCGAUUGGGCUGGGCGUGUUGAACUCUUUCAACGGAAACGAGAGAAGCACUCUGGUUGCUCUGGGUACUCUAGAUGCUCUUUCCGCUGGUAUCCUCAUGUGGGUGGGCGUUGUUGAUAUGUGGGCUCGAGACUGGGUAAUUGAAGGAGGUGAAAUGCUGGAUGCAAGCUUGGGCAGAGUGUUAGGGGGAGGGCUGGCCUUGGUGACCGGACUCGUUCUAAUGGGGCUUCUUGGAAAAUGGGCCUAA